AUGGCUGAAAUGGAGGAGUCUCCGAAAGAGGCCGCCUCGAGCAAGGCCCGGAAGAGCCCCGAAGACACGAAGAUGAUGCUGGACACGCCCACGUCUGAGCCUCCAAAGAAGCGACGAAGAGUGGUGAAGCCUAAUGCGGAGAAGAAAUUCGAAUGCAAACAUGAGGGAUGUGGCAAAAGCUACUCGCGAGCCGAGCAUUUGUAUCGGCAUCAGCUCAACCAUACCCCGAAGAACAUAUACCGAUGUGACUACCCUGAUUGCAACCGCUACUUCGUUCGACAGGAUCUGUGUAUCAGGCACCGAGAAAGGCACACCACCCACGGUUCCCAGCUGCACAAGCGUGAUACAUUCGCUCAGUCUACGAACCAACAAAGUCAAGCUCAGAGCGCGCAGCAACAGUCACCGUCACAACCCUACAAACAGCCUGAGUUGUUCGCAAAACCAUCCCAUGAGCCUGGUCCUCCUUCGAGAAACAACUCCUACCACCAAGAGACGUCAUAUCCUCCCCCACAAGGGCAGCACCCUCCAGGUGCCAACCCUUCGGCUUCGCCUUCCACAGCAACGACAGACCCUCGAUUACUCCCACACACACCGGCACUCUCUCAUUCGCGAGAGAGUGGGCACGUCAGGACAGGCAGCAUGGGCAGCAAUCCUUUGAGUCCAGAUCAAAAACAUGACAUGAACAAUUGGGGCGCUGCCCCUCGGAGGCCAAGUUACGGCUCAGGUCACGGUUCCAAUGGGCACUUGCCUUUCACUGCGAACGAUGCCAGGUACACAGGAGGGACGAUGAUACCACCUUCACCUAGCCGAGGCUACUCUGGGAUGUCUUCCUCGAGCAUGAACCAGGGCUGGCAACAGCCCGUGCGGCAGAAUUCAGAGCACCAGCUCGAGAACCGCACUCUACCCAAUGGCAUGAUGCAUGUCAGCGGAGGUUAUGCUAUCCAAGACUUUCAGAGGAAUGAUCUUGCCCGAGUGCAAGAGGCUGCAUUCGCCGCGGCUGUCACACAGGGCCUGCAAAACACCCGCAGUGAUCAAUACCCAUACGGCACCCUGAACCCAAUGACCACAAUGGACCUUGGCGGGCCAGCAUAUAAUUACCCCACCUUCGGCGGCGAAGAGUACGGACAGGCCGCCUAUGGUCUCGCUGAUGAGUUCACAGCUUGGUUGUUCAACGAUGCCAAUACUGGGGCGCAGGACUUCUCACCGUCCACCUUCAUGCCAAAUUACCUCGAUCCUUCACUAGGGCCUGCACAGGGUCCGACAUUCCAGCAAAGCCCCACGUCAAGCGACAACGUGAAAUCGACAGUAAGCCAUCCGAUGAGUGUGACCAGUAUUCUCGACAACACCGACCGAAGCCAGUAUAUCAUGUCAGAAGAGAAGAGACAGGAAUUGUUGGCUUUGAUGAAGAAUCAAUUCAUCGAACGACCACACGAUGCAGUCAAGAAACGUAAGGAGUCUGUCUUUGAAGGCGAUGUGGACAGCGAAGGCCACAUUCUGAGCUUAAGGAUGAUGCAUACCUACAUCGGCUCAUACUGGUACCACCAACACGCUCAGCUUCCCAUAUUGCACAAGCCAACUUUCUCUGCCGACAAGACGCCGAAUUUGCUAUUACUAGCAGUCAUUGCUAUUGGCGCUGCGACUCUCGACAAGGCAUAUGGCACUUCGUUGACGGAUUCUGCUGCUGAGUUCGCCAACUUCAUUCUCUGGCACCUCAGGUGGGAGAUUGUCCGUGACGCAGAUUUCCGGCCACCUGCGAAGCUUUGGGUGUUCCAAGCACUGCUACUGGUCGAAGUUUAUGAAAAGAUGUAUUCGACAAGAGCACUUCACGAACGAGCUCACAUCCAUCACGAUUCAACUUUGACGCUAAUGAGACGUGGCAGCUCCUUGCUGGGUCGCUCUGCAUCAGACACACCGCCAAGUGGCCGCGACGAGAAGGGCGGCAUGGUGAACGGCUCCGGCAGCAAUUCCGAAGAGUCGUGGCACAGGUGGAUCCAGACUGAAGCGACUAGAAGGGCUGCAUUUGGAGCAUUUGUACUUGACUCGAUCCAUGCGACCAUGUUCGGCCACGCUGCUAAAAUGGUCGCCCACGAAAUGCGCCUGCCACUUCCCUGCGACGAGGGACUGUGGACGGCAGCUUCGCCAAGUGAGGCCGCACGUGUCCAGACUGCCCUCCACAGCAACGGCGUCAAGCCGACGAUGUUCUUGGAGGCCUUAAAGAAGACACUAAACGGUCAAAGAGUGCGCACGAACUCAUUCGGCCGCACCAUCAUCAUGGCCGGUCUGCUUUCUGUCUCUUGGCACAUGACCCAGCGCGACCUUCAAAUAUCCUCUCUCGGCGCACGCACUGCGAACUCCUUCGGUGGCCUCGACAAAUGGAAGUCAGUCCUCCUGCGAGCCUUCGACAACUGGAAGCGUGACUUCGACGAAGCCCUCGCCGAGUCAGCCCCUGCACCUUCCUCGUCACCCACCAUUCGUCACACCGUCCCUCACAACACCUCCGCCCACAGCUUCCUCCGCCCGAUCGACGAUGAGAACAUCUUCGAAUCACGCACUGUCCUCCACCACCUCGCACACAUCGCUGCCCAUGUCGACGUCGUCGACUGCCAAGUCUUUGCCGGCGCCAACCGCCUCCUCGGCCGCUCCGUCACGCCCAAAGACUACGACAUUAUCCGGCAAAAGAUCGAACGCUGGGCCUCCAAAGCUUCAGCGCGCGACGCAGCGUUCUAUGCGCUCAAGUUCAUCGCCCAAGUCAUCGUCCCACCCUCGGAAGUGACGCAAGACGGCGUCCUGGACAGCCGGCACUACGGCCAUGCCAGCCCGAUCCUGCCGCAGGCUUUCGAACAGAACCAGUAUAUUGCGCGCGACGACUUCUUGCUGAAUCGGCCGUGGGUGUUGUAUAUCUCGGCGCUGGUGGUGUGGUGCUAUGGAUUUGCGCUGGACGGGCCGAUUGUGCCGACGCCGCAAGCGGAGGAUUAUGAUACUUAUGAGAAACGCGAGAGGGAUAUGAUGGGCUACUUAGGCCGGGUAGCCGGGGUGCGCGCGCCGGAUGACCUAGAAGGCGUGGAGGGGAAGAACCGCUGUUUGGGACUGCUGAUGAUUCUGAAGGAUAGUUUUGGGUCGACGCGGUGGGAGCUGACCCACGAAGCCGCAGGCCUUCUGGGCAACGCUUGCCUCAAACUGCGCGGGAUCGAGGACGGGGAAGGCGAAGCACUGGUUGGUGAGAUUGGUGGAAAAGAAGGUUGGGAGCCGCUGAGAGAGGACACGGCAGCGGGAGGUGGGAAGACGGGAAGUGCGAAUGCGGGCGUACAUUCUGGGACGGCGGGUGGGAUCAAGAGGGAGAGAGGGGAUGGUGGGACGGGAAGGAAGGAAGGGUUGGGAUGGGAUGUGUUGUUGGAGGCGAGAAAGGGGGAUGUCACUGUUGCGAAUGCUGCGGUGGUGCGGUGA